AUGAUGAAAUUCAAAUCUCAUAUUUUUGCUUUAUUUUUCCUUGUUCUUUCCAUCACGAUUUCUUGCAUUCACUCUACACCUGUCGGCCUAAGCACUCGAUGCGUCAAAGAUUUGUCAAAUGUUCGUGGAAUUCUUAUUACUUCCCCUGUGAGUGGUCACAAUUAUGAAUUUGGUGAUGAAAUCGAAAUAAUUAUACAUCCUGAUCCAUCGGUUAAAGUGAUUUAUGAAUUGAAUUUGCAAAUCGCGGCCGAGAGAACGGUCUACGUUUUUGAGAGAAAUAUCACAUUGACUCCACCUGGACAAGAAUAUUACGUGUUAAAAUACAAUUUACCAAAAAAGGGAGAGUAUAAUCUCACCGAUGAUGCUAGGUAUCAUAUAGGAAUUUUUGAUUCCGAAGGAGAGUUCAUCGCCGCGUCCGGCACCUUUAACAUUGGCUGUCCCAAAUUUGGUCUCACUAUGUUGUCUCCACCAGUUAAUCAAACCUAUCAUCCCGGAGAUGAAAUCUGUGUAACCUGGAGUGAUAAAUUUGAUUUGUACCAAGACAUCAAAGCUAUCAUCCAUCUGUUUUAUUAUAACGAGAAGAAUGAAAUCUCUGAACCACCAUUGGAUGUGUUUGUAGAUUAUGAGUUAAGUAAGGGAGAGGCAACAAUUAAGGUUCCUGAUUUUCCAAAUCAUAGGAACUAUGUGAUUAUUAUUGGGUUUAAUAGGACUAGUGAUAUUGAUGGAACUGUUGACGGAAAACCCCAAGUUGUCCUAGAACAUUAUAUUGCCAAUACUUUUAAUAUCGUUUCUGGAUGCACAGAUGCAUACUAG